AUGGCGACGGCACACAGACAUGGAACCCCUGUCCAAAGGUCAACGGUGUCCGUGUCCGCUAGAUCUUCGGCUCACGCUCUCUGCUCUCGUCGGCUCUGCAACCCUCGAAUGAAACCCAAGAGCCGUGAAACACGUCUCUUUUUUCGAGAAGGAUGCACCGAAGCUUUGCGCUGCUGA